AUGAUUUUGCAACUUUGGUUAGAAGGUCGAUCGCUAGUCAUUCAUCGUCAAGGAGUGGACCUUUUGGUUGAAAUUCUGGAGACAAGGAAUCGGCCAUUGCCAAUACCAGAGCCUUCUCGCCACGAAGUCACUCCCGCGAGUCAACCAAACCGGAGAAGCUUACAGUAUCAAAGCUCAGUGUUGGAAUCAAACAAUACGUUGUUAUACAUAAGUCGUAAACUGACUAGGCGUGAUGAAGAAAAAGAUGGAAAACCUCCUCAAUCCCCACCACCAACACCAACUGUUCCGCUUGUUCCGCCUCCUUCAGCACCAUCGCCAAGGCCUUCACCUGGUCUACAGCUUCCCCCAGCAGCUGCGGCGCCACCACCUGCUACUGCACCACUACCACCCCAAGCCGCUGGACCACCACCCACUGCUGCUGCAUCACCACCAACUCCUGUGGCACCACCAGCACCAAAACCUGCAUCAUCACCCAAACCUGCACCUGCUUCUCCGCCACCAAAAUCCAAUCCUCCCCCAACACCACCCAAUCCUCCCCCACCAGUGGCGCAACCGAAUCCUCCCCCACCACAACCACCACCAGCUCAGACAGGAGGUCGUGAUGGGAAGAAAGUGAAAGCUGAAGAGGAAGUAAACAAACAACGUAAGGAGAAGAAACCUACAAGCAAGUCAUCCCAGACACGACUUGAAGAUGUUGAACGAGACCCAAGUGCACUUAGUAUACUUCAGGAAGUCAAUCUAAAAAAUGGGGGGGAUCCCACCACAAUGCAAACUACAGAUGUAGCUGCACCUGGUGCUGCAAUAUUUGUACUGGACGGGAACUUAAUUAACUUAUCAGCAAAAUGUGUCACUGCCUUGAAACAGCCCAUGAAGUUUAUCUCUCGAAGUCAUCGCACUGAUAUUGCAAGAAUAGUCUUUCAUAUUUGGCUCUGGGGUCUCACCAUCUGGGGAUUGCUUUUGGAAUCAGUUCCUCACAUUGCUGCGGUCGUAGUAUCCCAGUUCAUAAGUACAGCUUUUGUAGCACUCGAUUUGAGAAAAACUAUUACUAUGAAAGAGGAGUUUUCAAUUGUUGUCAAUAGUGAUUGUGAUGGAGUAGAUGUUCUUCCUGAGUUCUGGGGUGUUUUGCUGAAACUUGACGUCGUGGCCGUGGUUUUUGCUGCUACCACAGCCCUUGCUUUCACCUUUUUGGCAUUCAAGCUUUAUGCGGUUUUAGACUGGCGUACUUUCAAAAAACUUGGGGCUAGUCGAAUGGUUAGGAUUGCGCAUACGCUUUCUUUGAUUUUUGCGGCAAUUCUUCAGCUCAAUGCAUAUUUUGUCAUUGUUUUUCUGGCUCUUUGGCUCGAAGAGGUGGUCACAUAUAAAUGGAAAAAUGGCUCAAAAAACCGUUUUGGUACCAAAAAUUUCAAGGCUGCUUUGGGGAUCUUAUUAGCACUUUCAGUCCCAUGGCUAUUGGUUGGAAAUUUCUCCUUGAAAAAUGAGAAUAUGAUAGGAAUAAUUGCAUUUUUAAUUUAUGAUGUUGCUUUACUCUCGUUCACAAUUUUCCUUCUGUGUGAAAACUUUUACCAGAAGAUGGCGAACGUUACGGUAUUCUUGAAUUUUACUGGAAUCAUGGCUUGCGUGCUCAUGUUUGCCAGUUUGAUUGUAGCUGUGGCUUGCCUCUUAGUAUUUGAUCGAGGGCUUCUCGUCAAGGUUAAUCGAGAUUCAAACGCUUCAUCUGAUACGGUCGAAAGGCUAUCGAUACAUGAUGAUGAGAUAACCUUCCCAAAUCAUGACGUGGCCCCGUACCAUCAUCAAAACAAUGAGAGAGGGUUAUCUGGUUCUGAGAAAUAUGAAGCUGAUUCAAAUCUUUCGCAGCCACAAGCUGUCCUUUCAUCUCGAUUGGAGGACCGUCGUGAAAACAUCACCUCCUUAAUAGGCCUUUAUCCGAAAGAUGCGGCUGAAAUUCAAGAUCCUAAAAAAAAUCAACUAUCUACUUCAGCUCCUCGUCAAUCAUGGAUUGCGGGCGAUGAAAGAAGCUGGAUGGCCCCGGGCACUGGCAGAGAACGACGUCGGAGUGAUGAUUCACGUUACUCUUAUAGCAGUGGAGCAGUUUCCUACGCUACUACAACGUCAAGUCUGUCAGGAUUGUCAGGUCUGAAAACAGCAAGUAGCAUGAAGAAGCCCAAGCCUGCCAUGCUAUAG